CCUCACCACCCCAACUCUCUACAUUUUGAAUUUCUCAACUCGGGAGGUUCGGCUGGAUACCCCAAGGAUGAAAACCGAAAAGGAAGCUGCAGGCAGCCCCACUGCUGAAUCUGAGGGGAGCCUCCAGCUUGUUGUGACCGGCAUUGUGGGAGAGGAUUUGCCUGUAGCGAUGCCAUCGCAAAUUAAAAUGGAACCGGAAGAAGGACAAGUGACAACUUGGGAAGACCGGUGGCAGAAUUUCCUUAAAGAAGCGGAGUCCUCUUGCUCCAUGUGGGGAAACACCCCACCGGAAAGCCGCCAGGAUCUCCAUGGGAGAAGGAUCGUCACCAUCCCGCCCGCCUUCAAGCAGGACGAACAGACCCGUUCCGAGGAAGCCCAUCGUCAGCAUUUCAGGAGGUUCUGCUACCAGCCGUCUGAAGGUCCCCGAAUGGCUUGCAAACGGCUGAAGAAAUUCUGCUGGGGGUGGCUGCAACCAGAAAAACGCACCAAAGACGAGAUCCUGGAGCUGGUGAUCCUGGAGCAGUUCCUGGAGAUCCUGCCUCUGGAGAUCCAGAGAAGAAUUCGGGGGUACGGAGCGGAGACAUGUUCGCUGGCAGUAACUCUGGCGGAAGAGUUCUUGCUGAGACAGCACGAGACGGAGCAGCUAGAAGAGCAGGUGAGGAGACAGGUCCCAAGUCCAGCUGAUGAACAGGCUGGAGAUUUCUGUGAUUCUGAGCAGCCUUCAGUGGGGACCCCAGAGAGACCUCCCUAUAAAGAGAUGAAACUGGAAGGAAACGAAGACGCUUCCUUAUUAGAAAGCGACCAAGAGAUGUAUCAGCCUAUUGAGGAAGAUCAGACAGACACUUUUGACCGAUCAGAGAUAGAAGAUGUUGUUGUUGACUAUCCCGAAGAAAAUGAGACGCAGAAUUCAAAACAGAGUGAGCUGGAUGGGGUCAACCUCUGGAGGUUCACUGUCCCCCCGAGACAGCACAAAGAUGGGCCACGGCACACCUGCCUCCUUUGUGGGAGAGCGUUUACCCGAAAAUCAAGCCUGAAUAGGCAUCUUAUUAUUCAUACCGGAGAGAAGCCCUACAAAUGUGUUCACUGUGGGAAAAGCUUCAAUCGGAAGACCAACCUGCUCUCCCACGAGAUGGUCCACGCCAGAGACAAGUCGUAUCAGUGUUCGGACUGUGGGAAAAACUUCAAACCAAAGUGGGGUGUCAACGCCUACCAGAUCGACCACACCGGAGAGAAGGUGUACAAGUGCAUUUCUUGUAAGAAGAGCUUCCGGCAGAGAUUAGAAUUGGGGAGGUUGUUGAACGGGCAGAAGAAGGAGCUCACCGCAGGACAGUUGAAAGGGGAGUGGAAAGACGGAGUCUUUGGCCCUCUAGAAGAAGACCGCGAGAAACAGGCAGAAGGUGAGAUAGCCGAAGACAAAAAUGUAGCCAUGAUCGGUCCGUACGAUGACCUCGAUAAAAUGAACAGCUCGCCGACGUUGUAUAAGGGAAGGCAGGGGAGUCCCUGUCCGAUUUGUGGGAAGGUCUUUGCCACGCAAUCGAGCGUGAACCGACACAAGAGAAUCCACACGGGAGAGAAGCCGUAUCAGUGCUCCGACUGUGGGAGAAGCUUUAAUCAGAAGACGACUCUUCUAACCCACAUUGUGAUCCAUACCGAGCAGAAGCCGUAUCAGUGCUCGGAGUGUGGGAAGCACUUCCGGCAUUCCUCGGGCCUGUUGGUGCACCAGAGGAUGCACACGGGAGAGAAGCCCUACAAGUGUGCCAUCUGCCGGAAGAACUUCACCCAGCGGGCACACGUGGUCAAGCACUUUGUGAGAAAGCAUGCGCGAGAGAAGCCAUCGGCUUACCUUUCUCAGUCCCCCCCAGUAAUGGUGGCAGCUGUAAUAGGAUGGCACUCUUUUGCCUUGAGUUUGGAAAUUGGUUUCUCCUCAGGAGCUCCCCCUCCUUGGUGUCCUCACAACUUUGUUUCCUUGUAGUUCACAGCACUGAGCACUUAAAACCACCAGGAAUGCGCGACCCGCCAGCCUCAGGUCACAAGCGGUGGGUUGCCGUUUUGCAGAAGAAACACUCAAAUUAAGAUCUAAAAUAGACUUGACUGUUGUGGUUGUGUGGGGAAACAGCACUGUCUGUUUGGUCCAUCAAAUAUGCUGAAGACAAAGAUGAAAAGAUGAAACUGUCCGCUGCCUCAGUGAAACAACAAUGUGGGUUGUCCUCACUUACUGACUGCUUCAUUCAGUGACCAAAGUUACGUCAGUGCUGAAAAGCUAACUUUACGACUGAUGUCUGCCCUUAACAACCUUCAUAGCGUUCCUUGGUCACGUGAUCGGUCUCACAGUCAGUAUGCUUUGUCCUGUGCCUGACCUGUUGUUUUUCUUUUUCUUUGUCGCCUUCCUUGCAGAUUGGAGAGAUUGGAGAAGAUUACAAGAGAGUAAGUGGGCACAAAACGGGGAAUACACAUUAAAAGCAAGGUAGUGGCAAUAGCAGCCAGUGUAUUCUCCAUUAUGUACCCGCUUACUCUCUUGUAAUCCCUUCCUCUUCAAACUCUCCACUGUGUAAGCAGGGUGGGGAGAAGACAGGUCAGGCGUAGGAGACCUUGCCUACAGAAAACCCUCUUUUCUGCCCCCCCUCACAGAACGGAGGGAUGAGGGGAUUACAAGAGAGUAAGCAAAACACACAGUGGGGACUACAUUGGGCUGUUUACAUAGCCAGAACCAAGACAUUGAUUUCAAUGCAUAUUCCCUAUUGUGUGCUUGCUUACUCCCUUGCAAUCCCUUUCUCUCCAAUGAAUGUAAAUAUACAUGUUAAUUCCCUUUUUGCUUAUUAUCCCAGUGCCGGGUUUAGCAUUCCAGAGGAUUGGGAAAAUAGAAAAAAAGGGAAACCCAGUGACAGUCAUGUGAUUUCCCACUUAGUGACCGCUUCACUUAACAACACCUGCCGGUCCCAAUUGUGGGUGCUAAAUGUGGACUACCUGUGUUCCAAAAUAUGGUAGCCAUAUCAAAGAAUUGGCAAGUUUUUGAGUGAAUGGGAAUGACUGCAAUGUAUAACUGGUUGUAGGUAACCCUGGCGUUCUUUUGCACUGUAGCUCUUUUAAAUGAAAUGCUCGGUUUUUAUGUUACUUCUAGGCAUCCAGAGUAUAUGCAGGGAGAGGAAAAUGAUGAAAGCACGUGUGACAUUGUGACAUGAGCUCCACCACUUUAGUAUAUGUGCCAGGACGUUCGCACAUAAGAAAAGGACAGAGCUUGCUCUGCAAUGUUACAACGCCACUUUCGUCAUGUUGAUCUGGGUUCGCCUAUUAACACUUUUUAAUACUUUUUAAAAAUUGGGAUUCUCGUGAGAAUUUCAAACAUUUACAAAUAGUGCUGCUGGUACAAUUUUAACAGGCCCAUAAUGUCGGGAUAACAAACUUGUUUCUCAGAUGUUAUGCUAAGCGGUUGUUGCUUAACCUUGGCAACUUGAAGAGGUGGGUACUUCAACACGGGGCAUCUGCCCUCUGAAAUAUUACCUAGGCAUUUUUAUUCUUUAGCGUCGACUGAUUUGGCUGCUCUAAGUAGGAACUGAAUGACUCUUUUUUUUAACUCAGCUGUUUCUUAAUCCAGCCACUCAAUAUGUAUAGCAAACUUCCCUUUGGAAAGAAUUGAAUCUGUUCUGUUUACUUAAUUAUCAUUAACGUAACCCGAUGCUUGUUUUCACGCUCUGCAUUCCCGCUUUCCUGCUGGAGAUAGGCUGAAAUAUUUCAGCCUUUGACUGAUUUCUCAGAAAAUUAGUUUCUCUGUGGUUCUCUGUGGCAGGUGAGUGAUGGGCACAAUCUCUGUCGAUGGAGAGGGAAGGUCGAAAUUUGUUACUCUUCGCAGAAGCUGAUUAGAAUAAACCUAAUAAGAACAUUG